CAGCCGCCCUCCGCCAUGGGCACGGCGUGAGCAAAGCACUUCUUUGGCCAUAAAGUGAAUUCCCCUCUUGGCUGCCCCCGCCUGCGGCCGCCGCGGGAUGUCGGGCAAGCUGCAGAGCCGGCCGGCCGAGCAUGGCGAGCAUCCCCGGCGGCGGGUGGCCAACGGCGCGGCCGGCGCGGCCGCCCCCGCGCUCAGCACCUACACGCCCGAGGAGAUGGUGCAGCAGAUGAAGGAGCUCAUCACCGAGAACAACGAGCUGAAAGAAGCCAUGAAGUUGCACAACCAAGCUAUGAAGGAAAGAUACGAGGAACUUUCUAUCUGGCGAGAGAAGCAGAAAGAAGAACGUGAAUUUUACGAGUCAAAAUUUAAAGAAGCUAAGCAGUGCUUGCUGGCCAAAUGCAUGGAAAAUGAACAGCUACAGAAAGAGCUUCAGAGCUUAAAAGAAAGAGAAGAAGGAGCUGAAAUGGAGGGCUGCACCGCUCCAGAGAAGGAAGGGAGGCUGCUGAAAUCCCAGGUGCUGCGGCUCCAGGCCGAGAAGGCAGAUCUGCUUGCCAUCAUUUCAGAGCUGCAGGUUAAGCUGAACAACGCAGCAGAGGACUCUUUUGUGGAGAUUGCCAUGCUUGAAGGAGAAAUAAAUAGAACUGCAAAAGAAAAUCAAGAUAACAGUGGUGAAACGACAAGUAAUCCUGCUAUCUACAUCAGGAGCAAACUCACAGAUGAAGGGAAAAAUUUAGAGUCUGAGGAUCUAACUGUGAGUCAGCUGCUCUGCUGCCUUCGAAAUGAAACACAGAAGAGGGAAACCCUUGAGAAGGAACUGCAGAAUCACAAAGAGAGACUGUCAAAACUCAAGAAGGAAGAAGGAAAUUGUCUGGAGAGUGGGACUCAAACUGAGAAGGAAGAGGACAGAUCAGAGUCGGUUGGCAGUGAAGUAGAAAUCCUGAAUAUGCAAGUGUGUGCUCUGUUUAAAGAGCUUCAGGAGGCCCAUGAGAAGUUAAAAGAAGCAGAACUGAUUCAGAAGAAGCUUCAAGAAAAAUGCCAAGUACUUGAAAGGAAAAACUCUGCUGCUGCAUUAGAACUGGAUGAGAAGCAGCAGCUAAUAUACACUACCAAGAAGCUGGAACUUCAGGUGGAGAGCAUGCAGGCAGAGAUCAAGCUGGAACAAGCCAAAACACUGGAAGAAAAGGCAAAAAAUAGUAGCUUGCAGGAUGCAUACAACAAACUCCUCUCUGAACUCACUAAGGCAAUGACAACAAUCGAUGACUUGAAACUCAAAGAGCUGGACCAAGUGGAUAAAGCUGCGUUUGAAGAACUUUCUGCAAAGGUGGAACUGGCAGAACAAGCCCUCGCUGCAAAACAGCUCAAGAUAGAUGAAAUGAAGCAGGUAAUUGCCAAGCAAGAGGAAGACCUGGAAACCAUGGCCGUGCUCCGUGCUCAGAUGGAGGUGUAUUGUUCUGAUUUCCAYGCCGAGAGGGCAGCAAGAGAGAAGAUCCAUGAGGAGAAAGAGCAGUUGGCCCUCCAGCUGGCCUACAUGCUAAAAGAGCAGCAAAACCUUGAAGAUCUCAGCCGAAACAAUUUGGCAGAGAUGCAGAACCGGCAUGGAGCCAGGGCAGCAGGAGAUCGGGAGCAUUCACCUCACCUUGUUCAAAGAGGAACUGGUAGUCAAGACUGGUCUCAGCAGCGGAAUGUCUCAGUGUAUUCAUGUCCCAAAUGUGAAGAAAUUCUACCUGAUUUGGACACGCUGCAGAUUCAUGUUAUGGACUGCAUUAAUUGAGUGAUGCCCUCCAAUUCCUCAUAUACUAGAAUUCACCUGCCAAACAAAUACACUUCUUUUUUUUUUUCCCUUCUGCUAUAGUAACAGCCAGCUCUAUGUCUAGUCAAGGGUUUUCCUAGGAUCUUUCUCAUUAAUUCAAUGGGAAAAAGGGAAGACUCCCAUCCUGCCCUCUACUCUUGUUUUAACACAGUUUAAAACACUGUCUUGUUUUAAUCUGCUUUAGGAAAAGAGUUUUUAUAGGCUAACAAAACAAAUGCAUUAAGAAACAACCAGGGUGUCUGCUGCAGUGAAAACUUUGAGUAACGCUUCCCUGAUAUGUUCUGCCCUCAUGACUGACAUGCAAGUGAUAACCUAGAGUAUCACUCUGAAUUAUUGAAAUCAGAAGAGAAAUGAGAUACUAAUCAGUUAAAGUACGGAAGCCCACAUAUAGUUCAGCUUUCCUAUACUACUAAUCAGGAAGGUAAGUCAUUAAAAAUACUGUUGGAGAAGCUUUCAUUAAAAUGGGGGAGUGUUGUAUUCUUCAAAAUGAACCCUGUUCUUUCUCCAGGUGACAGGUUUAUUGCUGUCCUUGUGACUAUGUUAAUCUGAUGUUAUAUUUUUGAUGGCCUAUGUAACUUCUUGCUUUAGCCAGAUGUGGGCAAGGUUUGAGAUAGAUCAUUUAGGUCUGAUACAUGUAGCUACUGGUGUAUUCAAGUCACUUGGUUUUAUAGAACUGUGCGUUUUCAGGUGUGGUCUUUAUUCUUCUUUGUU